AUGACAACUGAGGAGAAGAUCGUUAACAUUUGGACAUGGAAACAGCUGGCCUCCCAAUGGAUGCGUCUUCCAGAUUUAUCCUUAAGUUUACCAAACAGACCCAAAAAAAUUGCAUUAGUAAAACCAACCAUUUUGUCAAAUUUUAGCAGCAUAAUUUUGGUGUAUGAGAUGGAGCUGUAUGUUUCAGAUCUGAAGCCUUGGGUUUCAAAUUUCACAUACUCUGGUGUACGGGACUUCUCUCAGCUUGCUCUAGAUGCCAGUAGGAAUCAACUCAUUGUUGGAGCCAGGAACUACCUCUUCAGACUUAGUCUACACAAUGUUUCACUUAUUCAGGCAACGGAAUGGGGCUCAGAUGAAGACACCAGGAGAUCCUGUCAAAGUAAAGGAAAAACUGAGGAGGAGUGCCAAAACUAUGUUCGUGUUCUCAUUGUUUAUGGCAAGAAGGUUUUCACUUGUGGCACAAAUGCUUUUUCACCAGUGUGUUCCAGCAGACAGGUAGGAAAUCUUAGCAAAAUAAUUGAAAAAAUAAAUGGGGUAGCUCGCUGCCCUUACGACCCCCGGCACAACUCAACAGCUGUGAUCACAUCCCAGGGAGAACUGUAUGCUGCGACAGUCAUUGACUUUUCUGGACGGGAUCCAGCCAUUUAUCGCAGCCUUGGAAACAUCCCACCUCUUAGAACAGCACAGUACAACUCUAAAUGGCUUAACGAGCCCAACUUCAUUGCUGCCUAUGACAUUGGUUUGUUCACUUACUUCUUUUUCCGUGAGAAUGCUGUAGAGCAUGACUGUGGAAAAACAGUCUACUCUCGGGUGGCCAGAGUUUGUAAAAAUGACGUUGGGGGCAGAUUUUUGUUGGAAGAUACAUGGACAACUUUCAUGAAGGCUCGGUUGAAUUGUUCCCGUUCUGGAGAAAUCCCUUUUUACUACAAUGAACUGCAAAGCACAUUUUAUCUUCCUGAACAGGAUUUGAUCUAUGGAGUAUUCACAACCAAUGUAAACAGUAUUGCUGCUUCAGCAGUGUGUGCCUUCAAUCUCAGUGCUAUUACACAAGCCUUUAAUGGACCUUUCCGUUACCAGGAGAAUCCAAGAUCUGCAUGGCUCCCAACAAUCAACCCAAUUCCAAAUUUUCAGUGUGGAGUACUGAAUGAUGAUGGCCCCAAUGAGAAUCUAACAGAAAGGAUCCUGCAGGAUGCUCAGCGCUUGUUCCUAAUGAAUGAUGUGGUGCAACCUGUCUCUGUGGAUCCAUAUGUUACUCAGGACAACAUCCGUUUUUCCAAAUUGGUGGUUGACAUUGUUCAGGGCAAGGAUACACUCUAUCAUGUGAUGUACAUUGGGACAGAGCAUGGCACCAUUUUGAAGGCACUGUCUUCUACUAAUAAGAGCCUGAGGAGUUGUUAUUUAGAGGAAAUGCAGAUUCUUCCUGCCAGCCAAAAGGAGCCAAUCCAAAGUCUCCAAAUAUUGCACAGUGGCAGAUCGUUGUUUGUUGGUUUAAAUAACGGAGUGCUAAAAAUCCCCCUGGAAAGAUGCUCAGUGUAUAGAACAGAAGGAGAGUGUCUGGGCGCAAGGGAUCCGUAUUGCGGCUGGGAUAAAAAGCAAAAGCGAUGCACAACCAUUGAGGACAGCUCCAAUAUGAGCCUCUGGAGUCAAAAUAUUACCGAGUGCCCUGUGAAAAAUCUGAUGGUGCAUGGGCAGUUGGGGACCUGGUCUCCAUGGCAACCAUGUGAACACACAGAUGGAGAUAGUACAGGUUCCUGCAUGUGCAGAUCACGGAUGUGUAACAACCCACAGCCACGAUGUGGUGGACGUGACUGUGAUGGAGCCAGGAUAGAGAUUGCAAAUUGCUCAAGGAAUGGAGCUUGGACCCCAUGGUCGUCCUGGGCCCCCUGCAGCACUUCCUGUGGGAUUGGCUUUCAGGUCCGUCAGAGGUCAUGCAGCAACCCUGCUCCGCGAUACGGAGGCAGGGUCUGUGUCGGACAAAGCAGAGAGGAGCGAUUCUGCAAUGAAAACAGUCCAUGCCCAUUACCAAUCUUCUGGUCUUCGUGGGGUCCUUGGAAUAAAUGUAGUGCAAACUGUGGUGGAGGCAUGCACUCCAGGCAGAGGUCCUGUGAAAAUGGAAACUCUUGUCCAGGCUGUGCUGUGGAGUACAAAACCUGCAGCCCAGAGGCCUGCCCAGAAGUGCGGAGAAGCACCCCCUGGACCCCUUGGACCCCUACCAAUAUUACUCAAAGUGGGGCCCGCCAAGAGCAGCGCUUCCGUUACACCUGUCGUGCUCAACUGGCUGACCCCCAUGACCUACAGUUUGGCAGAAAGAAGACCGAGAGUCGGUUUUGCCCCAACGAUGGCUCCGCAGUUUGCGACACAGAUUCUCUAGUUGAUGAUCUUCUGAAAAGUGGCAAGACCUCUGUCCGCAUUAUCAAUGGUGGCUGGUCCUUUUGGGGUGGAUGGUCAUCUUGUACCCGGGAUUGUGAACUGGGCUUCAGAACCAGGAAGCGAAUGUGCACCAAUCCAGAACCCAAGAAUGGUGGCGUUCCUUGCAUAGGAUCUGCAAUGGAAUAUCAGGAUUGUAACUCACACCCUUGCCCAGUGAAGGGCUCAUGGUCCUGCUGGACUCCUUGGUCUCAGUGCUCAGCAACAUGUGGAGGUGGACACUACCAACGCACCCGAACCUGCACCAACCCAGCACCAACUAAUGGAGAGGAUAUCUGCAUUGGGCUACACACAGAGGAAGCCCUCUGCAAUACACACCCAUGUGAAGGAGGCUGGUCUGAAUGGUCUGAAUGGAGUUUAUGCAAUGAAGAUAGCAUCCAGUAUCGUAGCCGUUUCUGUGAAAUCCACAGUCCAGGAUCUGUUCAGUGUGCAGGGAACAGCACACAGUACCAAGAAUGUCUUUAUAAUGAGAUCCCUGUAAUCCUGCCAGCAUCAAGCAUUGAUGAGAGCGCGAACUGUGGAGGUUUUAGCCUCAUCCACCUCAUUGCCACAGGACUCUCCUGUUUCUUUGGCUCUAGCCUCUUAACCUUUGUGAUCUACAUUUACUGUCAACGGUGCCAGAGACAAUCUCAGGAAUCAACCGUUAUCCAUCCCACCACUCCCAAUCAUCUUCAUUACAAAGGCAACACAACUCCCAAGAAUGAAAAGUACACACCUAUGGAAUUCAAGACACUGAACAAGAACAAUUUAAUACCAGAUGACAGGACCAACUUCUAUCCUUUGCAACAAACAAAUGUGUACACAACAACCUAUUAUCCCAGUACACUGAAUAAAUACGAUUACAGGCCCGAGGCCUCUCCUGGAAGGACCUUUACUAAUAGCUGA